UAUUGACUACAAAUGCAAUCCGGCUAUUACUAAAGUAGUAGACGCAAAAGGUAGCAGGUAUUAUUAGAAAUUUUAUAAAACUGUGUGAACGAGCAACAGCGAUGGAUGACAGAAAAAAUUUAAGAUUUUUAUAAUUUUCUUCAAACUGUUUUCGCAUAGUAGAAUAAUUUAAUAGAGACCUUAAGAAACAUGUGUGAAUUUUAAUAGAAUUUUAAUAGAAUUUUUCAAGCACUUUGGGAGUUUUAAAAUCAAGUCGGACACAAAUGACUAGUGUAUGUAUGCCACUUCCAGAAACUCCAUUAUCACGAUGUUAUUCGUGAAUUUAGAAUAGAAGACAAUAUUUUAAUAGGUAAAGACAUACCAAUAAAUAGAGAGCCUAUUAAUAUAUCCGAGGUGCUACUUGAGACGUUGAAAAGCAAACCAAACUGCGUCGGUCAGGUGGAGGCAGUUACAGGUAAACAAGACACAUAUGCUGACAUGAGUGAGCGCAGUAUUAAAUGCGCGCUUUGGCUGAAGAAACAAGGUAUUAAAUCUGGCGAUAUAAUCGGUCUUUGCUGUGAUAAUGACAUGGACGCGAUUAUAGUUAUGUUGGGCACUAUGUACAUAGGUGCUAUAUCUAAUCCUUGGGACUACGAGCUGUCUCCAAUGACGGCGCGAUACUUUCUCUCCUUAACAUCGCCAAAAAUAGUUUUUGCGACGCCGUCGUCGGUCCCGAGUUUAGAAGAAGCAAAAAAAGAGUUAAAAAUAAAUACGAAAAUAGUAGUAUUCAAUGAAUUGAAUGGAUACAAAUCUGUGGAGGACAUCUUGAGAGAUCAUGAUAUUCGCGAGAUCACCGAAUUUAAAUGUGCUAAGAUCAGCAGCCCGGAUGAUGUUGCUCUCAUCGCUCUCUCAUCGGGUACUACGGGCAUGCCGAAGGGUACCGAGAUAUCGCAUUCAUCUUUAUAUAAUUGCCUACUUCCCGAGAAAGUCACGGAACUAGAAGGUCAUACUUGUCUGUGGGAACCCACGUUGCGCUGGCACUACGGCGUCCAGUUGGCAUUUCAUGCCAUUUUAGCGUAUGCGCCGCAUAUUCUUGUACCCUGCAGCGUGAUAAUUAACAAUGACGAUGAAGCAAUGUGCGAAUUUAUCAAAAAAUAUCAAGUAACAUGGUUUUGCACCGAGCCGGGCAUGUUAAUCCGAUUUUGUAAGAGCGACAUAUUGAAAAAGUAUCCAUUGCUGUCUUUGAAGGAAGUGAUGAAUGUCGGUGCGCACUUCAAAAAGGAGCAUCAUCUAGCUCUGGCAAAGAAAUUACCUCAUGCUUUCAUUACGACUAACUACGGAUCUACGGAUUCAGCAGGUGAUGUAACCGUUCUAGUUAGAGGCUGCAAAAAAGGAUCUAUUGGUUUUGUAGUGCCUAACGUCCGAAUAAAAGUGACGGAUGUGAAAACUGGAAAAACUGUAGGAGCUAAUCAAACUGGAGAACUACGUUUGAAACUGCCAUCCGUAAUGAAUGGUUAUCAUAAGAGACCAGAAGAAACUAAACAAGCUUUUGAUUCUGACGGUUGGUUACUCAGUGGCGACUUGGGAUAUUACGAUGAUGACGGGAAUGUUUUCCUUAUCGAUAGAAUAUCCGAGUUUAUCCUUUACUGUGGCAUUAAUAUUUCGACCGCAGAAAUCGAACAUGUUUUAAGGAAUCAUCCCGCAGUAUCUCAAGUGGCGGUAAUAGGGAUACCUCACGAAAUUGAGGGACAGCAUCCAAUGGCUGUCGUUUCUCGAGUGACGGAUAAAACGGUAACAGAAGAGGAGCUUUAUGACUUGGUAGCGAAAAAUCUGCCGGAGUACUGUCGGCUUCGCGGUGGAAUUAAAUUCCUUGAUAAACUCCCGUUCACAGCUACAGGCAAAAUCGCGAAGAAGAAACUGCGAGAUAUGUUUACUAAUUAAAAUAUGUUGUAUAUUUGUAUACAAAUUACACGUAGUACAUCAUCAAAAGCACAAUUUAUUAUAAAUAUUCAGAUUAACUGCUUAAUAAAAAAUAACAAAAAUA